CGAAGUGUCAUUAAUAGUGAACUAGAUAUUCUUCUGGUUUUGGAUGCAAGUAUGUGAGGAGUCUACGAUGGUUUUGCUACAGUUUUAAUAAAUCUACCUACGAAAGACGCCGGAAUACCACCUAAAUGUAAAAAUACUUUCUAUGUAGGAAAUUAUGUCUUGGGAGAAGCAAACGAAGGAGAUAGAGUGGAUACGUUCUUGAUUGAUGGAGACCAAAUUAGCCUAAAUGACGGAAUCAGUGAAAAGGUUUCUGUAACUUUGGGAGGAAGUAAAUAGGAGUCAUUUUUACCCAACGCACGACACACCGCAUGCUACACUUUUGAUUUGUUAUGAUAGUGGUUAAUGUUAAUUAUUUGCAGCAAAUUCGGAGUUUUUCGAUGCUGUACUUAACCCCGACAAGACUGUUACCGUUACUCUGAAGGACAAUUUGGAUCUCUAUACGAUUCUAGGUCAAGUCGAUAUUGUAUUAAUUUUGCAGGCUAUGGAUCCAGCAGUUACCGAAGUGGGUACAGCUGUUCUACUUGUAGAACUUCCAAAAGAAGUUACUCCAGCAGCUUUCACACAAGCAUAUUAUACGGGUAGCUACGACGUUGACAGCGAUCCAGAUCUUAUCACAAUAAACGAAGCGAUUGAACUCAGUGGAAAUUAUUUAGAUUUUACAACAGUUGCCUUGGUCACACCUACCGGACUGGAAGACAAGUUUAAAUUAUCUGAUGCUAGUCCAUAUACAAUAACGUUAACAGGCGAUGUCGAUGAUGUUCAUUCGUACAACGAAAUUGUACUUACUCUUGAAGCUUCUAUAGAUGGAGUUCCUCGUAAAACAAGUGCUGCUAUAGUAAUUGAAGUACCAGCUAUUUGAGCUAUUCUGCUGCCAUCUAAAUUUUUUCAAGUCCGCUAUAUGAGUUCAAGUAUGACUCAGACUCAGAUACAAUAACGUCCACUGAUGGAAAAACGAUUACUAUUGACGCAAGUGAUCUAGGUUCAGUUUUAAUUAGUA